AUGGCCAUCAUCAUUCCAAGUGUUAUCGUUGUUGUAUGGAUCAUGCUACUUAUAGCAAUCGCUUUGUUUGUUUGCUGUAAGAGGAGAUCUUCCUCGGCGCAUUUGCGACCGUACGGUCCCGUGUAUUCAGUACAGCCUACAGCUUAUGCUAUAAAACGUAAUGGAAAACCUAUGGAUAGUUCUUAUGAGGAUCAUCUUGAGAAAGCAGCUCGAAUGAGCAGCGAAAUGAAUGCUUACAAUCAGGUAAAUUUACAAAUUUCAGGGAACAUCAAAUGACA